CCAUGUCUGAGGGCGUUGCCUCAUGGAAUUUGUAGAUAAGGAUGGUUUAUACCUGUGUAUUCCCAGCAGAGAGGCCAGUUACAUUCUGCAGCUUCCAGAGGGAAUAAGCCUCCUGAGGAGUACAGUUAUUCCAGUUUACUUGUGACCCAGACUUAGACUGCAAUGGCAUGGUGGAAGGCCUGGAGUGAAGCAGAGGGCAAGUCUGUGGCAGGUGCUUUAAACUUUGACCCCACACCUGAUGCUCAGGCUCUGUACAAGGCCAUGAAAGGGCUUGGGACUGAUGAACAGGCUAUAAUUGAUGUCCUAACCAAGAGGAGCAAUGCACAGCGUCAAGAGAUUGCCAAAUCCUUCAAAGCACAGUUUGGAAAGGAUCUGAUCGAUAGCCUGAAGUGUGAACUGAGUGGCAACUUUGAGAGGCUCAUUGUAGCUCUCAUGUACUCCCCAUUCAAGUAUGAGGCCAAGGAGCUCUAUGAUGCCAUGAAGGGUUUGGGAACAAGUGAAGAUGUUAUCAUAGAGAUCCUGGCAUCCCGAACAAAAGCACAGAUCAGAGAGAUAAUCAAGGCGUACAAAGAAGAAUAUGGUUCUGAUCUGGAAGAAGACAUAAAAUCAGAAACAAGUGGCUACUUGGAACAGAUUCUGGUUUGCCUUCUUCAGGGUGAGAGGGACAAUGCCACUUUCUAUGUAGAUCCAGCACUGGCUCUCCAAGAUGCAGAGACUCUCCAUGCUGCUGGAGAGAAGAUACGGGGCACCGAUGAGAUACAGUUUAUCACCAUCUUGUGCAAGAGGAGUGCCAUACACUUGCUGAAAGUGUUUGAAGAAUACGAGAAACUGGCUGGUAAGAGCAUAGAAGAUUCUAUCAAGAGUGAAACUUGUGGUUCACUUGAGGAUGCCAUGCUGGCUAUUGUGAAAUGCACGAGGAGUGUCCAUUGCUACUUUGCAGAGAGGCUGUACCAUGCUUUAAAGGGGGCUGGCACCAAUAAUGGGACUCUUACAAGGGUGAUCGUUUCUCGAAGUGAAGUUGACUUAAAUCUUAUAAAGGCUGAAUUCAAGCGUAUUGCAGGAAAGACUCUCUCCAGCAUGAUUAUGGAUGACACCAGUGGCGACUACAAGACAGCCUUGCUGAAUCUCUGUGGCACUGACUGACAACAUCUAGGAGGAAGAUGCUGAAAUGGAUACAGAAAGAAAAUUAACAGUGAACAAGGAUCUGAAAAUGUGCAUUGUAGAAAAUCUUUCCAUUCAUCCAGCUGGGGAGAAAAAGAAGAUCAAAUGAAUGAUCAAGAUUUCUAUAGGGCUCUGGAGGAUGUGGGUGCUCAUUACACACUAAAUGCUAUUCGCUACCCCAACAGUUUUUCAUACCCAAGUGGGAAAGUUUCUUUUUUGCUUCCAUUUUGUUCUAUGCAAUUUCCCUUCUCUUUUAGCACACUGUAAAGGCUGGUACUUGGAUUUAAAAUUAAAGGCUUUUUUAAAAUCUC